AUGCCGGGUCGGUUAAGCAGGCAUCUGAACAAGACCUUAUCUGUCAGUUUGAUUCCAUGGGUUUAAGACUCAGUCCCAUUCCUAGCCUAAAGUUAGCAAAGCAAAGCUGGAUUUGUACAAUGGGGCAGGUGGGAGUUGGGAAUUCAGCAAGAUCUUAAGGGUCAUGUGUUAGCUACCUCUGGUCUAAGUGAUUCAUGUAUAAUCAUACAAAUAAAUCACGGGCUGUACUUUGGCAUUAACUCUCACCCUUGUUUAGGAGCUAGCCAUUUUUGUGCAUACAUUCAUCAUGAAGAAGUAGCCGGUGCAUCCUUGAGAAAGCAAGAGAAAACAACUGCUCUGACAUCCUCCCACACUUGCCAGGUGUCUUCUUUCUAAGCAGGUGAAGUUUCUGCUUCUCAUUAAACCCGCAAUAGUAUUUAUUUUCACAAGGAAUCGCCAUGAUGAGAUGAGAUGAGAAAGAGCAAAGAGGGCUACUGGAUAAGUGCAUCACACAGGGUCAGAGACAUUCUUUUCAUGCAACCCUCUAGUUUUAUUGGGAUUCUUUGCUAAAUAUUUAUAAGAAUAUCAUAAGAGCCUUGCGAGAUUAGGCCAAAAGCCCACCUAGUCCGACAUCCUGCUUUCAAAGUGGCCAGCCAAAAGCCUCCGAGAAGCCCACAAGCAGAAUUUGUCAUUCCCAGAUGGAGAUACAGUGGUACCUCUGGUUAAGAACUUAAUUCCUUCUGGAGGUCCGUUCUUAACCUGAACCUGUUCUUAACCUGAGGUACCACUUUAGCUAAUGGGGCCUCCUGCUGCCGCCACACGAUUUCUGUUCUCAUCCUGAAGCAAAGUUCUUAACCUGAGGUACUAUUUCUGGGUUAGCCGAGUCUGUAACCUGAAGUGUCUGUAACCCGAGGUACCACAGCUAUCUUGGCAAGCAGCCAUCUCCUUAUCCUCCAUGAAUCUGUCUAACCCCCUCCUAUAGGCAUCCAUAGGUGCCAACUCCCAGGAGCCCAGCUCAUUCCCCACCUCCUAAUGUACAGAACGAUCAGGGGUCAGAGAAAGCUGAGCAUGGAGGGGCUUCAGUGGCCAGCGCCUCCUCCUUUUGCCGUGGAGGAGAAAGAGUGAGGAAGCAGCCUCCAGCCAGUGGCAGCAGCAGUAGGAAAAAGAGGAGGCUGAUUGUGGAGAUGGGCGUGGCUUCAAUAGUCAACAGUUCCUCCUCCUGCUGUUGUCACAUAAGGGAAAGAUGGGAGAAGCAUCCACUGGUGGUGGCAGUGGUAGGAGAAGGAGGCUGAGCACAAGAAAGGAGGAGCUGUUGGCCAUUUAAGCUGCACUCCUGCCACGUUCAACUCCACCACCUUGCUAUGGUUUUGCCUGUCACUGUAUUCUGGGCCGAUGAGGAAUUUAUCCUUCAGACUAAUUGAGCCUGUCUGUGGGUUUUGCCCUCCUCAUAGUAAUUGUCACAACUUGGGCAGAUUAGGCAUUGGGUGUAGCCUUAGUCAUGAUCAGAGGGGAGGUUGUAGGCCUCUGCCUGCCCCUCCAAGGGAACGGGGUAUCCUGUUGAAGGGACCCAGGAGAAGGUGCUUCUGUCCAAGAAGGUGCUUCUGCCCAGGCAGGUGCUAGGGCCACAGGGUCCCAGCGAUCCUGAUGAGGUCACUCCUAUUUGUUGUAUGUAUGUCGUAGGACCCCCUUCCCUCAGAAUCAAUAAAAUGGUGGCCUAAUUUGAACCGAAGAACGUUGUCUUGUGUGGUCUUGUCAGGGUGGCGGGCCCUCGGCGCCUGGGCACACAAAACUUGUUACUACAAGCAGCCAGUAACUGCCCCUGCUAAAAGGUUGAAAGGACAGGCUUUUUAUAGACUCAGUACACUUAAAUGAUGUAAUGGCAGGAACACUCCACUUAACAUUGUCGGCACCUUUUUUUGGUUGCCCUGAACAAAACUAACCUCACAACUCAGCUGGAGUUGAGUAAACAUACAGGGGUUAGCCUGGGAGUCCUUCCCUGUCAGCUUGUUUUGUUUUGCUUUUUUAUAUUCUAACUGCUUCUUUUGGGGUUGUGUUUGUCAAUUUUAAUAUAAACACAUACAGGGAAAAGGCAUAAUGACAUGAGAGAAGACAAGUAUUGAAUGAGAAAAGCAAUAUCUGUUUGCUGGUGUGGAAACUGGUUACUCCUUAAUUCACUUCAGCCAUCCUCAUGUUGAAACAACAGAUAAUAGAAACUGAGAGGUGAUUUGUCAUCUAUAUUAGUAACAAAAUGGAGGACACGUGGUUGAUCCUAUACUUAUGAAUUAAAAACUCAUUCUUGGGGCAACAAUCCUUACAUUCCCAAAACCUUGGGUUGUAUCCCAUGUACAUGAAUGUUCAAUCGGCGCAAGGAUUUCUGCUUGUGCAACAAGAUGUUGUCCCCUCCUCUUCUCCCCCCACAUGUCCCCUAAAUCUGUUGCCCCAACUCUCUGGAGCAGAUUUAGGGAGGGAGAGAGCAUGGGGGAGGGAGAGAUCCAGGGGAAGAGGAAGGGGGCAGUGGGGGCAGUCUGCCCUGAGUGUCAUCACUGAGAGGGGUGACAUUUGGUGUGCUGCCCACCCGUGACUCCCAAGCCUAUCCCGAGCCAUUGAGGGAAGGGCCAGAGCUGUGCCACUUUGCCAGCAUCCUUCCCCCCUUCUUUUUGACAGCUCAGAGGAGGCUUGGGAGUCACGGGGGGCGGCACACUGUUGCCCCCUGCUCCUGGGCUGCUUCCGGGGGGAAGCCUCCCCCGAGCUGUCAAAAGGAAGAGGGAAGGAGCGUCUCCACCCCCAUCCUUCUGCCCGGACACUGAGGUCCAGCGCCGAGGGCCUUCUGGCGGUUCCCUCGCUGCGAGAAGCCAAGUUACAGGGAACCAGGCAGAGGGCCUUCUCGGUAGUGGCACCCACCCUGUGGAACACCCUCUCAUCAGAUGUCAAAGAGAAAAACUACCAGACUUUUAGAAGACACCUGAAGGCAGCCCUGUUUAGGGAAGCUUUUAAUGUUUAAUAGACUACAGUAUUUUAAUAUUCUGUUGAAAGCCGCCCAGAGUGGCUGGGGAAAUCCAGCCAGAUGGGUGGGGUAUAAAUUAAUAAUAAUAAUAAUAAUAAUAAUAAUAAUGGAAGGUUGCUGGCAAAGCGGUGCGGCUCCCUCUCACUCCACCACACAUGGGCGGCUCUCUCUGCCCCUAUGGGUGUCUUGCCCCCGGGACGCUUCCCACAGCGUCCCCCUUGGAUGCUCCCCCCCCCGUCCCCAUGGUCCCGCCCCUGGAUGCACAGCGGCUAGCUCCGCCUCUGGAGAGACCACCGUUAUGCAAGCGGAAAUCUUUGCACUGAACCCAACACACUUUGCACACAAAUAAGCUAUCGGGUAUCUUAGGGGAACCCCGAGGUGUGCAGAAGAACUAAAGGUAUUAGGGGAGAAAAUCCCUCAGCUACCAAAAACAUUCCAGUGAAGAGUUUUCAGUUGUCUGUGCAGGAACGUCCAGGCAAACCUGCCCUUUUUCAGAAUGCUGGACUGCAUCCCAUGCCCAAUUCUUGGUAUAUUUAGUGUGUGAAAGCAUCCUGCCAUUACGUGGUCGAUGCAGUUGCGCUGCAUGGAACUGUCAAAGGAGUCUCCUUCUAUUUCCUUUGUUCUUGUUAUGUUGCCAUAAAUAGGUGAGAGAGGAGAGCAUCUCGUGCACACGACAGCUGUCUUUGUUUUGCUACUAAUAAAUUUGUCCACUGUUAGUUGCCCCCAAAUCAAUAGAGAUUGCGUGCAAUGUGUUUCUUUGGCUUUAGUUUUAGUAAGCAGCAUUUUUUUUAAAAAAGUAUGUGCCGCUUAGUUUUAUAUACUGUUUAAAAAUCCACAAAGUUUUUCCAGUUACCAAAAGGAAUUAAAUUGAAAUAUUUGACAAGGAGAAAAAAAGUGUGGGGGGGUGUUGUGAGCUGCUGGGACUGUUUACAUGCUUGGGUAAAUCUAUUUGUUUUAGGAGGAGACAAGAUGCAAAGGGAUCCUGGGAUCCUGUGCAUUUAAUAUUUGUGCAGAAGACAGAAUUUCAGCAGGUGAAACUUGUCAAAUAAGGGCUAGGAAUGCUGCAAUUAUUGUAAUUCUCUCUUCCAUGCAAUAAUGAACAGCAGUAGAGUAACCCUGCCUGCUUUGCAUCCAUCCUCUCUGGUUUCUUUUAUAGCCUGUGUGAUUCCCUAAAACCUCUCUCUGCCUGCCAGUUUUUAACUGUCUGCUCGUACUUUCUUUUCUGUCUGGUUAAUGGCAGAGACAGACUUAUAUCGACAAUCAGUUCAAGGUGCUGUUAAACCCUUUGAUACCACUUUUUAAGGCACAUGUGACUGCAGCAUGGUAGCAAAUAGAAACUUGCUUUACUAUUUUGACCAGGAGCACUUUUUCGGAGUGAGAGUGCAACCCAAAAUCGUGGCACCCAAAAUGGCUGCAGUGAUCCUUUGUGAAAAAACAGGAUGUCCCAUUUUUUUCUGGGGCACUUUGAAGGUAUGAAAUUAUUUAGAUUGUCAGCUCUGGGCAGCUGUGAAGUGGAGAGACGUCUAAAUGCCACAAUCGAAGGCGCAAAGCAGAAGUCCAUUGGAAAGGAAUUAUGUGGCUUUGGGGCCACCAUCAAUACGGUCCUGCCUAUUUUGUGCUCCAACCUAACUGAUGAUGGACACUCAAGAAGAGCAUAUGGGCAGGAUUAAAUGGGUGAAGUUGGCCCACUACUAAUCUGGACCCCAGUUGUUUGGGGCUUUAAAGCUUAAGGCCAGAACUCUGAAUUGCACCCAAAAUUGGGCACAAAACUUGGCUGCCUGCUAUUCACUUUUCCUGGCAAUGCCUCUCUCUUUCCAGCUUCUGGGAAAGGAAGUGCCCUCAAGGCCACUUAACAUCCUCCCACCUAAAGCAAGCAUCCGGGGGAUGUUUCACUCCCCAAAAGAAGGAAGAAGUAGUGACAGCAUUGUUAGCUAAAUGGCUGUAGCACAGCAGCUUUUGAUUCACAGCUAUGUGCAAGCGUGCCUUCCUGAAAAUGGUGUCUUCCGUAUGUUUUGUUCUACAAAUCCCAUCUAGAGACAUAUCUAGGGUCCCUUGUGCCCUUGGCAAGAAGCUGUAUUGCUGCCCUCCCCCUGGGAAAAAAAUCACUUUACCACACAUUUUUACCAUAAUAAAUUAUAAUAAUUGUUGUUUAGUCGUUUAGUUGUAUCCGACUCUUUGUGACCCCAUGGACCAGAGCACGCCAGGCACCCCUGUCUUCCACUGCCUCCCGCAGUUUGGUCAAACUCAUGCUGGUAGCUUCGAGAACAGUGUCCAACCAUCUCGUCCUCUGUCGUCCCCUUCUCCUUGUGCCCUCCAUCUUUCCCAACAUCAGGGUCUUUUCCAGGGAGUCUUCUCUUCUCAUGAGGUGGCCAAAGUAUUGGAGCCUCAGCUUCAGGAUCUGUCCUUCCAGUGAGCACUCAGGGCUGAUUUCCUUAAGAAUGGAUACGUUUGAUCUUCUUGCAGUCUAUGGGACUCUCAAGAGUCUCCUCCAGCACCAUAAUUCAAAAGCAUCAAUUCUUCGGUGAUCAGCCUUCUUUAUGGUCCAGCUCUCACAUAAAGAAGGCUGAUUAGUAUAAUAAUAAUAAAUUUUUAUUUAUACCCCGCCCUUCUCGGUUCAGAAAAUCGGGCUCAGGGCGGCUAGCAACAAAUUUAAAACACUUAACUGAUGCAACAGAAAACAGCAUAAAAUACAGUAUAAAACAUGAAUAACAAUAAAUUCAGAAUUCAAAAGUCAAUUUAGGGGGGAAAUCCAUCCAAUAAACAUUAGAUAAUCACCAGGGCUAGCUGGCUAAAUUAGUCCUAUUUGGGCCAGCGAGGAGACCAGGGGAGAAUUAACUGUGGGAUCCCAGAGCGGGUAAUCUUCAUAAAAAGGGGAGGGGAGAGAAGGAAGGGGAAUAAAAGAUCAGGCUAAGUUCAAAUUGAAAGCCACUUCUCCUGUGUUUGAUCUCGUUGUGGCAGUGGUGGUGUGUCACCACACAUCAUACACCCCAUUAGUCUCAUAAGUUAUUUUUGUGCCUUGCCCCCCCCCCCCAGGCCUGUUUCUCCCACCCCUCAGUUAACCGCUGCUUCCAUCAGCCCCAGCCAGCCUGCUUAGGGAAGGCCAUUGCAGUACAUUUAAAAAGGUUGUCUCAAGGCUUGUUCACAGUGUUCUCUUUUUGAUAGAUGCCUGUCCCUUUCCGACAUUGACUGCUGGCUGGGAGUGUGUUACCUAUGCACAACACAUCGCCGUGUGGGGACCUAGCCUACAAACCCUGAUCAAUCUCAAAUGUCUUGGCGCUAGCAGUCCCGCAACAAAAUGCAUCUUUCAUCUUAGCAGCAGUUUUUCAUCUUUUUAAUGAGCUGCCCAGCCUGGCUGUAACGCAACGCUUUCCUCAAUCUGUUCUGAUGGGGUCCCCUAGCCUUCCACAGCAGAUUGGGGGUGGUGCAAGGUGUCUGCAGCUGGGGGGUGUGUGUGGAGGACUCCUGUUGCACUGGUGGAAAUCCUUGCACUGGCUUCUGCUAGUUGAUUAUGCACCCCAAAAGCCAGCUUGGUGUAGUGAUUAAGAGAGGUAGUCUCGUAAUCUGGUGAACCGGGUUCGCUUCCCCGCUCCCCCACAUGCAGCUGCUGGGUGACCUUGGGCCAGUCACACUUCUUUGAAGUUUCUCAGCCUCACUCACCUCAGAGUGUUUGUUGUGGGGGAGGAAGGGAAAGGAGAAUGUUAGCCGCUUUGAGACUCCUUAGGGUAGUGAUAAAGCGGAAUAUCAAAUCCAAACUCUUCUUCUCCUCUUCUUCAAAAAUCUGGCCCUUGGUUUUUAAUUGCAUAUUGAGCUUCUGCAUAUUGCACCAAAGACUGGUCUAAAUUUACCUCCUUGUUUUCCAGCCCCCACGUGGACCACUGUCAUGGCCGAAAACAACACAGCUCUUUAUGGUGUCACAACUGCCUGGAACUCUGGGGUGAGCCAGUCUGCUUGGCACAACACGACAAACAACUCCUCCUGCGGCUGGCCGCAGGAAUGGAACUGGCUGCUCGAAAUCCAGCCAGUGUUCCUCUGGUUUCUUGCCACGGUGGGAGUUGUGGAGAACAUAUUUAUCCUCAGUGUCUUUUGCUUCCACAAGAGCCGCUGCACGGUGGCCGAAGUUUACUUGGCAAACUUAGCAGCCGCUGACCUCCUCCUCCUCUGUGGUUUGCCUUUCUGGGCAAUCACGAUAAGCCGUAACUUCCAUUGGGUGUUUGGGCUGCCCCUCUGCAAAGCCGUCAAUGCCAUCGUUUCUAUGAACUUGUAUACCAGCAUUUACUUCCUGGUGAUGGUGAGCAUUGAUCGCUACCUGGCCUUGGUGAAAACGAUGUCUCUGGGACGCCUGCGCCGGCCUUCUUGUGCAAAGUGGAACUGCCUCGCCAUUUGGGUCUCUGCGCUGUUCUUGAGCUCUCCUGCUCUCCUCUUUAGAUCGUUGAAAGAUGACGAAGCAAACAAUGUCACCGCCUGCAUUCUGAUUUAUCCAUCAAUUGUGCAAUGGACAGUGAUCACAAACACUUUGCUGAACACAGUGGGCUUUGUGAUGCCUCUCUGCGUCAUAACCUACUGCACAGCGCAAAUCAUCCAUGCUUUACAAAACAGCACAUUUCAAAAGAUCAGAGCUAUCCAGACAGAGAAAAAAGCCACUGCCUUGGUUCUCUUUGUCCUUCUUCUCUUCGUUGUCUGCUGGCUUCCUUUCCAGAUCACCACGUUCUUGGAUACGUUGUUUCGCAUUGGGGUUAUUCUUGGUUGUGGGGCUGAACAAGCCAUUGACGUGGCUAGUCAGAUCGCCGCCUACUGCAGCUUCAGCAACAGCUGCCUUAACCCAAUUCUGUUUGUCCUGGUAGGCAAACACUUCCGAAGGAAAUCCAAGGAGGUCUACUGUGGAAUGCUCCAGAGAAGACCGAGCGCAGCACCAUCCAUCCAGACAGUGACAACCCUGGAAACUCUCGGAACAUCCUUUUCAGUCGAAAACCACCGGAAAAAGUCUGCUGUUAA